GGUGCUGGGAAGAAAACCUUAGCUAAAAAAAUAGCCCAGUUUUGGAAGUGCACUCUUGUAGAUGCUUUUGAACUCAUAAAUGAAAACAUAACAGCUGAAACAGAAUAUGGACUGAAGUGUAAGGACCUGCUUUACCAAGGUCAAAAUGUUCCUGAAGAGUUGGUGAUAAAGAUGCUUAUGAUCAAGCUGGAAUCUCCAGAGAUUAAUCACUUUGGUUAUGUUCUCUGUGAUUUCCCUUCUCUUUCUGAGGAUUUCAUGUCUACACCAGAACAAAUCGACGUAAUUAAAAAUUUAAAAUUAAAACCAGAUUUCCUGAUUAAUAUUAAG